UUGCCCACGUCAGCUGUAUAUUGAAGAUUGUGUCGUAAUGUCGAUGCCAAAUCAUUAAUAUUUACUUUAUAAAUCAGGAUAUGUACUGAUAUUAAUCUGUGAAACACAAAUAUAUGUGAUUAUUAAAUUGAGUUUCAGCUAAAAUAUCCAAUAUGGUUUUGAUAGCAGCAGCUGUCUGCACCAAAGCAGGAAAAACCAUUGUUUCAAGGCAGUUCGUUGAAAUGACAAAGGCUCGGAUUGAAGGGUUACUAGCAGCUUUCCCCAAGCUUAUGUCAACUGGCAAACAACACACGUUUGUAGAAACCGAAUCUGUCCGUUAUGUCUACCAACCCCUCGAAAAGCUUUAUAUGCUGCUUAUCACCACAAAAGCUUCAAAUAUUCUCGAAGAUCUCGAGACGCUGCGACUGUUCUCAAGAGUUGUAAGUACAAACAUUCAUAAAAGGCAAAACAAAUGUAUUCUCCUUGAAUGGAAAUUGAACUGCGUAUUUCUGGUAUUUGCUUUCGAUGAGAUAGUUGCAUUGGGUUAUAGAGAGAGUGUUAAUCUAGCUCAGAUCAGAACCUUUGUUGAGAUGGACUCUCACGAAGAAAAGGUCUAUCAGGCUGUUCGACAGACCCAGGAACGUGAAGCCAUGAAUCAAAUGCGUAAAAGAGCAAAGGAGUUACAAAGAGCCAGAAUGGAAGCAGACAAGAAAGGGUACAAGGGCAGUAGCUUGGGAGGCCAGGGAUUCGAUCACACUGGCGGCUUCGGUAGUUCAUCAACCUUCUCAUCUCCAACUGUUAUUGGAGAAACUCCAGAGCCUAAAUCUAUUUAUUCCAAUAUCAGUAAGCCAGCUGCCUCAACAAAAGCUAUGAAAUUGGGAAGCAAAUCAAGAGAUGUUGAGUCUUUCGUAGACCAAUUGAAGUCUGAAGGCGAAAAUGUUGUUGCACCUGCUGCCAACAAACCAUCAGUCAUUUCAUCCAAGAUUCCUGUUCAGACACUAGCCAAUAUAGAUGAUGUUCACAUAAGACAAGAAGAGAAGCUGAUGCUUCGAGUGGGAAGGGAUGGUGGAGUGCAGACCUUCGAACUGCAUGGCCUAAUAACCCUGCGCAUAUCGGAUGAGAAGUGGGGCAAAAUCAAAGUUGUCCUUGAUAACAAAGAUACCAGAGGAAUCCAGUUGCAAACACAUCCAAAUGUAGACAAAGAACUAUUCAAAGCGAAAUCGCAAAUUGGACUGAAGAAUCCAACCAAGCCAUUCCCACUAAGCACUGAUGUCGGUGUCCUAAAAUGGCGUUUCCAGUCGCAGGAUGAUUCUUGUAUUCCAUUUUCAAUAAAUUGUUGGCCUUCUGAGAAUGGACAGGGCGGCUGCGAUGUGAACAUUGAAUACGAACUGGAACACAAUCGUCUAGAAUUGAAUGAUGUGUCUAUCAACAUUCCUCUUCCAAUCGGCUGUUCGCCAGUAGUGACCGAGUGUGAUGGAGACUACACUCAUGAGUCGAGGAAAAACAUGUUGACCUGGAAUCUGGCGCUAAUAGACAGCACAAACAGAACCGGUGCUCUCGAGUUCUCUGCCGCCACAGCCAUUCCGUCUGACUUUUUCCCACUCAACAUUUCAUUCGUCUGCAAGAAGCCCUACGCUGACCUUAGAGUGACCGAUGUGCUGUUGGUCGAGGAUGAUACACCAGUCAAGUAUUCUUCUGAAACAAUUUUCUACACUGAUAAGUAUGAGAUUUGCUAAAAGAAGCAAGGAAGAAUGUCAGCCAAUGUGCCAGCGAUCUAGUGCAAUGAUAAAACCACAGAUUGCUUCAACUCUAUCUUGAUCAGUUUCGAAUGAUUGAACAACAGUCACAUUCAAGCUAGUUGAAUCAGUAUGUGCGUUUAAUGCGAAUGUAUGUCAAGUUACUACUCAACUUAUCAAUGCUACUUUAUCCCAUCCAAUCCUAAAAUAAAGUUUGGAAUUAUAAAUUUAGUCGAUUAUUGAUUGUUUUUCUCACUCUGUAAAUUGAUGUUGGUCGUUGAAACACCCUUUGAUGGAAGAGAUUAUCCUGAAAUAAAUUCCUGCUGAGGUUCCACAACUCAUCAUAAUUAUCUAUGAUGAACAGUUCGGAGAAGAUCAACAAUAUUUUAUAUUCUGAUUUAUUAUUUGUAAGAAAACUGCACAAUAUUUUGACAGACGAAUUAUCAUUCGGUUUUGUAAAUAAUUCAUAUAAACUUUCAAAGUAGUUUAUUAUAUUAUAUUGUUGAGAAACUUUGAGCUAUUAGAUUUUAAUUUAUCGUUAAUUAUUAUUACUAUUAUUUAUAACAUUAUUAUCAUCAGUCAUUCAUUAAUUUUGUAAAGCAUGUCAUUCAAGAUUUAAAUCAACUGGAAAUAUUUUAUUCCUUCUUUGCAAACAUUUAAUGCGUUGUAGAAGAUCUGUAAGAGUAUAGUUACAUACUUAUUUAAAAAUGUACAUACAUUACAUAUGGCUUGUGUUUAUAAGAUUAUUAAAUUUUUCCCUAUUUGUGAAA